AUAAAGAAGUCGGGACGCGUGCUAAGGCAGUCAAUCGAGGUAAAAGGUUUUUCUUCAAAUACCAUUAUUCCGGAUAUUCCUCGAUACUACAAUUUGGCGACGAGGAGUAAAAUGGCGAGUCAAUUUGAUAUGAUCCGCUCGCUGGGACUGCAGCUGCAGAUGUUCGAUUACGCUGCCCACACCGAUGAUGUUGGUAUCGAGUGGAAGAAGUGGCUGAGAUCGUUCGAAACGAUGAUUCGCGCCAGCCGAAUCGAGGACGAAGAUUGGAAGAAGGAUUUGUUGCUCCAUUAUGCGGGGCCAAGCGUCCAACAACUUUUCGACACACUACCGGAGCCGGCUGGAGUUGAGAUGCGCGGUCCAUUACUCAAUAUCGAGAAUUACACCCCCAACAUGACAAGUUACGAGGAGGCACGAGCAAGAUUGAAUGAAUUCUUUCUGCCUAAGGAAAAUUCCACAUAUGAGCGUCAUUUACUGCGCCAAAUGAAGCAGAAAACAGGCGAAAGUAUUGAUGCAUUCACCAUUCGGUUGCGCGUGCAGGCAGAACGAUGUGGAUUUGGUGACCGAAUGGAAGAAAACAUCAAGGACCAGAUCAUCCAAAAUUGUCAGUCAGCCACACUGCGGCGAGAUUUGUUGAAAAGAGGAGACGCAAGCCUGGAGGAAGUCCUCAGCGUUGCGAAGAUUUUCGAAACGGUCGCUCAACAAGAGAAAUCGUUUGCCGCAGGAGAAGUUCCAAAACCGGCCUUCAACGAAGUAAACAAAAUCGAUGCCAAACCAUAUGCAGCCAAGCGGAAGCGUUUUGCCGAAGCGACAACAUUUGAUUGCCACCAUUGCGGAUACAUUGGACAUUUAGCAAAGGACGCGAUGUGCCCUGCGAAAGGUAAGACGUGCAACAGAUGUGGCGGAAAAGAUCACUUUGCGAAAAAGUGUCGCAAGGACAGGCAGAGGAACCGGUCAGACAGCAACCGGUGGAUGGGAAGUCAGCGGAACAUGAGCCGAGACAACAACCUCGACAACCAGAAUGCUGCUGCCGAUUCGGACGUAGUGAAACACAUUGUUGAUGAGAACACCGAAUACGUUUUCAACGUGACUACGAGCGAUAGCGAUGGUGAAAUCCCGUGCGAGAUUGGUGGCGUCGUUAUGUCUGCAGUGAUUGAUUCCGGUUCGAAACAUAACUUGUUGUGCCAGGACGAUUGGGAGAAAUUGAAAACCAACAAGGUGGUCGUGUCUAAUCAACGCCGAGAGUCGACGAAAGUGUUUAAAGCGUACGGAGGACAACCUCUGCCAUUGGUUGGUGUGUUCACUGCCAUGGUCAAGAUGGGAAAUAAAAGCGAUCUGGCAGAAUUUUAUGUUUCAGACUCUGGCAAAAUUCUUAUCGGCCGCGACACGGCAAUGGCUAUGGGAGUCUUGCGAAUUGAAGUUCCAGUUAACGAAGUCAGCACUGCACGUGGCAAGUUGGGGACGAUCAGAGACAUCAUCGUCGACAUUCCGAUAAAACCUGACAUUGCACCUGUUAUUCAACCGUACCGACGCGUACCAGUUGCGCUGGAAAAGAUGGUAGACAAGAAGAUCGAAGAGCUGCUUAAUCAGGGCGUUAUCGAGCCAGUAAACGGACCAGCCAAGUGGGUUUCACCUGUCGUCGUUGUGCCCAAGGGAACAGACGAUGUUCGCAUUUGCGUUGACAUGCGACGGGCCAAUGAAGCGGUGGAAAGAGAAAAUCAUCCGUUGCCGACAUUCGAGGACUUUCUUCCGCAUUUGUCGAAGGCAAAGGUGUUUUCUCGCUUGGACGUCAAGACUGCUUUUCAUCAGGUUGAAAUUUCGGACCAAUCACGUGAUAUCACGACUUUUAUUACGCGCAAAGGAUUAUUCCGCUAUACUCGACUGAUGUUUGGAAUUAAUUGCGCUCCAGAACUGUUCCAAAAGUCGAUGGAACAGGUUCUCAGCGGAUGUGAAGGUUGCUUAGUAUUCAUCGAUGACGUCAUCGUGUUUGGGUCAGACCAAAAGGAGCAUGACAUGCGUCUGGAGAAGACGCUUGGUUAUUUCGAUGAUGAUGACCGUACACAACUGGUGGCUGACGCAAGCCCAGUCGGUUUGGGCGCUGUACUCAUACAAGUAAACGACCACGGACCCAGGAUCAUCGCGUAUGCUAGCAAGAGCUUGUCUGAUGUAGAAAAACGGUACGCCCAAAUCGAAAAAGAAGCUUUGACUCUCGUAUGGGCGGUGGAACGGUUCCACUUUUAUUUGUAUGGCCGGACGUUUGAAUUGAUCACCGAUCACAAACCCCUGGAGACGAUAUUCGGAGCUCGUUCUAAGCCGUGCGCGAGGAUCGAAAGAUGGGUUGUUCGAUUGCAGGCUUACAAAGGAAAAGUUAUAUACAGACCAGGUAAAACAAACAUCGCUGACCCGUUAUCGCGACUGGCAAUUACAGCAGAUACAACAGGUAUAACGUUCGAUGAAUGCGCGGAACAUUAUGUGCAAUGGGUAGCAUCGAAUGCAAUGCCUGUAGCGCUAAAGAUAAAAGAAAUAGAGCUUGCAUCGGAAACGGAUAACUCGAUCCAGUCAGUUCGUGUUGCGCUGCCCCAAGGAGUGUGGUCAGAUGACGCGUCAGCGUUCAAACUGUUCGAGACCGAACUUUGCUUUGCUGGGAAGAUUCUUCUACGUGGUAAUAGAAUGGUGAUCCCGGAAUGUUUGAGGAAGCAAACCUUGGACCUGGCUCACGAGGGUCACCCGGGCAUGACAGUUAUGAAGCAAAGACUGCGAGCGAAGGUGUGGUGGCCGAAGUUGGAUGCUCAGGUUGAACAGCAUGUCAAAAACUGCAGGGGAUGCAUGUUAGUAGCUGCACCUUCUGCUCCGGAACCGAUGAAACGUAGAGAAUUACCGUCAAGCCCAUGGCAACAUGUCGCUGUUGAUUUUCUUGGUCCACUGCCUUCGGGUCAUUACUUAUUUGUUGUAGUUGACUAUUUCAGUCGCUACAUAGAGAUUGAAGUCAUGAAGAAGACGGAUUCUAAAGAAACUAUUAAGAGAUUGGAAUCCAUUUUUGCCCGAUGCGGCCUACCGCUGUCAGUAACGGCCGACAACGGUCCCCAAUUCGCGAGUGAGGAGUUUCGAGUAUACUGUGAGUCAAAUAACAUUAAACUGAUCAGCACCACUCCUUACUGGCCACAACAGAACGGCGAAGUUGAACGUCAAAAUCGUUCAAUUUUGAAAAGACUAACGAUUAGUCAAGCCAUGGACACGGACUGGGUUGAGGAGAUGAAUAAAUAUUUACUCAUGUAUCGUUCAACACCACAUACAACGACGAAAAGGACGCCCUCCGAAAUGCUUUUUGGGUACAAUAUCCGUGAUAAGCUUCCAUCCAUUUAUCAACCCAAAGAAGUAGAUGAGGAAUUGAUUGAUCGCGACAAAGAGAUGAAAGAAAAGGGUAAGCUAUAUGCCGAUGAACGGCGGAACGCUAAGCUUAAUCCUAUUGCAGAAGGCGAUGACGUUUUAAAAGUGACGAUCUUCACCCGGCCGGCUCCCCGGCUCUCCCAAGAUACCGGAAAGGCCACUACCCCGUUUAGUAGUCGACCGUGGCAACCCUAUCGAGUCUACAUCAUCCGCUCGACGCAGGAUCGAUCACCAAACUGGACCAAGAUCCAUAGUGAGCCACUAGGUGAAAGCAUCAGUCAGUCCCACGGUCGCUUCCUCGAGAGACAAGCCAACAGUCGCGAGGCUCUGUAA